AUGGAUGAUUACAAAGCAGCAGCAUACAAUGUUAGAAAGGUAGUGAAGGAUGCCAAGAGGGAAUAUGGGGAGAAGAUGUCCAAAUUCCAGCAAGGGGACCUCAGGAGCGUAUGGCAGGGGCUAAAAAUCCUGAUGGACUACAAACCCCCGCCCCCCUCCUCUGGAGGUGCAAAGAAGCUGGUCAAGGCCCACAUCUGCUCCUCACUGCCCAACACCCUGGACCCUCUACAAUUCGCGUACCGGCCCAACAGAUCCACUGAGGAUGCCAUUGCUCACACAUCGCACACUGUCCUAUCACACCAGAACAAGAGUAAGGGGAAAGUGUUGAACUAUGUGAGACUACUAUUUGUGGACUAUAGUUCAGCCUUUAACACUAUCAUUCCCUCCACCCUCAUCAAAAAGCUCAGGAGCCUGGGGCUGAACGACCCCCUCUGCAGGUGGAUCCUGGACUUUUUAACAGGGAGACCUCAGGUGGUGAAAGUAGGCCGGCACACCUCAUUCUCCCUCACCCUCAACACAGGGCCCCCCCAGGGCUGUGUUCUGUCCCCUCUGCUGUACUCCCUGUACACACACGAUUGUGCAGCCACCGCGGAUUCAAAUACCAUCAUAAAGUUUGCUGACGACACCGUAGUGGUAGGCCUAAUCCACAACAACAAUGAUUUGGCCUACCUGGAGGAGGUGAUCUGCCUGACACAAUGGCGUCAGAAAAACAAUCUCCACCUCAAUGCAAGCAAAACUAAGGAGAUGCUGGGGGACUUUGGGAGGACGCAGGUGCGGGACUACACUCCUUUAACCAUAAAUGGGGCCCCUGUGGAGAGGGUGGAUACAUUUAAGUACCUCUGUGUCCAGAUCACCGAUGAUCUGAUGUGGUCUACCCACCUGGACACCGUGGUAAAGAAAGCCAGACAGAGACUGUUCCAUCUCAGGAGGCUGAAGAAAUUCAGAGCCUCCAAACCAGUCCUGCAGAGCUUCUACACCUGCACCAUCGAGAGAAUGCUGACUGGGAACAUCACCGCUUGGUAUGGGAACACCACCAUGCAGGACCUUAAGGCUCUGCAGAGAGUGGUGCGUUCAGCUGAGUACACAGACAUGGAGACCUACAGGUUGAUCACCUCCCUCUCCCUCAUCCUGCAGCUGCUGUCCCGGGUCAGCUCACCCGCUACAGUGGAGGAGAGCCCAGAGUUCUGGAGGUCUCAGGCCCAGCGGACCCUGCAGGCUGCCCUGGACCGGACCCCCAACACCAACGUGGCCAAGAACAUCGUGUUAUUCCUGGGAGACGGCAUGGGAAUCACAACGUACACGGCAGCUCGUAUCUUGAAGGGCCAGCUGCAGAACCAGAGCGGGGAGGAGACCGUCACCAACAUGGAUACCUUCCCUUAUGUUGGCCUGGCUAAGACCUACAGCGUCGACUUCCAGAUCCCGGACAGCGCUGCCACGGCGACGGCCUACCUGUGCGGAGUGAAGACCAACUUGAACACCAUCGGCGUGAGCGCGGCCGCCCGCAACGGCGUGUGCCGCUCGCAGAAGGGCAACGAGGUCACCUCCAUCCUGCGCUGGGCCAAAGAUGCCGGCAAGGCGGUGGGCAUCGUCACCACCACCCGGGUGCAGCAUGCCACCCCCGCCACCAGCUAUGCCCACAGCGCCAGCAGGAAGUGGUACAGCGACGCUGACCUGCCCGCCUCCGCCAGGACCAACAACUGUACGGACAUUGCCUCGCAGCUCCUCAGCAACACGGACAUUGACGUGAUCAUUGGGGGGGGCAGGAAGUACAUGACCCCCAGGGGCACCCGGGACCCCGAGUACCCCCGGGACUACUCCUCCAGGGGCCGCAGGAAGGACGGACGCCACCUCAUCCAGGAGUGGCAGAGCCUGAAGGCCGGCAAGGUAGCGCAUUACGUCUGGAACAAAACUGACUUUGAUGCAGUUGACCCUGAAACAACAGACUACCUUAUGGCCCUGUUUGAACCCGGGGACAUGCACUUCGACCUGGAGAGAGACCCCCUCAUGGACCCAUCCAUUGCUGAGACCACGGAGAAGGCCAUCCGCAUCCUCAGCAGGAACCCUAAUGGCUUCUUCCUACUGGUGGAGGGAGGCCGUAUCGACCAGGCCCAUCACGCAGGCCGCGGCUCCAUGGCGCUGCACGAGGCGGUGGCGUUGGACCGGGCCGUGGGCAAGGCCCUGGAGCUGACCAAUGAGGAGGAGACCCUCACCGUGGUGACGGCGGACCACUCCCACCCCCUGGUCAUCAACGGAUACCCCUUCAGAGGGAACAGCAUUUUGGGUAAAUCCCCCCUGUGGGCCUCGGACAUGAUGCCCUUCACCACCCUGAUGUACGGGAACGGACCCGGGAACAAGAUGGAGGGAGGGAAGCGCCCCGACAUCCGUAAGGUCGAUACAAAGACCAGCGGCUAUGUCCAACUGGCGGCCGUGCCGCUGAAGUCGGCCACGCAUGGGGGUGAGGACGUGGUGAUCCUGGCGCGCGGGCCCAUGGCCCACCUCCUCCAGGGGGUCCACGAGCAGAGCUACAUCGCCCACGCCAUGGCUUACGCCGCCUGCGUGGGCACAGACCGCAGGCACUGCGCCGCCAGACCGGCUGUUGCUGCUGCCCGCAACCAAGCAGGGCCAUGAGAGAGAGAGAGAGAGAGAGAGAGAGAGAGAGAGAGAGAGAGAGAGAGAGAGAGAGAGAGAGAGAGAGAGAGAGAGAGAGAGAGAGAGAGAGAGAGAGAGAGAGAUGAAUAGAAAGAGUACCCCACAUUUUUUUAAAACCUCAGGAGUGAGCUUGAAAGAAUAUGUGUAUGCCACAUUAAUGAUUCUGGCAUUCUUCCAGAGUGUACCUCUGUUGUUUAUGGAAAUGACAAAAUGUGUAUUUCACAACCCACUGUGAGGAGAAGAUCCUAUGAUGAGUUGAAUGUAUUUUUCCAACAGUGUCUCUUAUUGCAUGCUCGUAAAUUAGUGUUUAAUGUGCGCAGAGAAGCAUCUGAACUCGAUGACAUCACACAGGAGGCAAUUCAUUAUUCAACAUAUUAAAACAUCAUCUUUUUAUGUCUCUCAUUAAGAAUUGUCCCUUUGGACCUCAGUUGUUCUCAUUCAAUUAUUAUGUAAGGAAUAAUCACAGAGAGGCCGGGCAAUAAACAGUUUGAUAUGCCCGGCUCGCGGACGGCUUACUGCCCGAGACGAAGUCGAGGGCGGUAACCUUCCGCGAGCCGGGCAUAUCAAACUGUUUAUUGCCCUGCCUUGAGGUGAUUAUUCCGUUUAUUCUACUUCGCGCCGGCCAACAUAAUAAAACAAUUCAAAUACUUUAAU